AGCAACCACCGAAUCAAUCAAACCCAGGAAAAAGAAAAUCCCCCAAUUUCGACCAGUCCCUCUCUCUCUCGCACCCCUCCCCCAACCCCGCCCCUAACCCUAGCCCUAAUUUCCGUACUCACCUUCUUUAUUCAUCCACAAAACCCGCAGUUUCGGCCGAUCUGAUCGAAUCAGAUCGCAGAUCGGCGAUCGAGACGAUGCCUUCGUACUCGGAUCUCGAUCGCCAGAUCGAGCACCUGAGGGAGUGCAAGUUCUUGCCGGAGGUGGAGGUGAAGGCGCUAUGCGAGCAGGCGAGGGCGAUCUUGAUGGAGGAGUGGAAUGUUCAGCCGGUGAAGUGCCCGGUGACUGUUUGUGGAGAUAUCCAUGGCCAGUUUCACGAUUUGAUUGAGUUGUUUAAGAUUGGAGGAGAUGCGCCUGAUACUAAUUACCUCUUUAUGGGGGAUUAUGUAGAUCGUGGUUAUUACUCCGUGGAGACUGUAUCACUUUUGGUUGCCCUGAAAGUUCGUUAUAGAGAUAGGAUUACAAUUCUAAGAGGAAAUCAUGAGAGCCGGCAAAUUACUCAAGUCUAUGGCUUCUAUGACGAAUGCUUGAGAAAGUAUGGUAAUGCAAACGUGUGGAAGUAUUUCACGGACCUAUUUGAUUAUUUACCACUUACGGCUCUUAUUGAGAACCAGGUUUUCUGUUUGCAUGGUGGUUUAUCCCCAUCCUUGGAUACUUUAGACAAUAUUCGUGCUCUAGACCGUAUACAGGAGGUUCCACAUGAAGGGCCUAUGUGCGAUCUUCUGUGGUCGGAUCCAGAUGAUCGAUGUGGAUGGGGCAUAUCACCGAGAGGAGCAGGGUACACAUUUGGACAGGACAUAGCACAACAGUUCAAUCACACAAAUGGUCUUUCACUAGUAGCUAGAGCUCACCAACUAGUUAUGGAAGGUUUCAAUUGGUGUCAGGACAAGAAUGUGGUUACAGUAUUCAGUGCUCCGAACUACUGUUACCGUUGUGGUAACAUGGCUGCAAUAUUAGAGAUUGGGGAGAAUAUGUCUCAGAAUUUCCUUCAAUUCGAUCCGGCACCAAGACAGAUUGAGCCAGAUACCACCCGGAAGACUCCAGACUAUUUUUUGUAGUCUCCAUCACUUUCCCACGCCCUGUUGAAAUGAAAGUGUUGAUUUGUUGCCUUGUGUGUUUUAUAAAUGUUGGAAGAAAAGAGGAGUUUUUGGUUAGUGGAGAGAGAUUAUUAUUGUUAUCAUUCUUUUGUUUGGGAGUUCUGUUGCUGCUUCUGCUGUGGGUUGUUAGGUUAAAGGGACUUCGAGAGGCACUUUGUUGUUCAUGUGUAUUUGUAUUCUUAAGCUAAAGAAGCAGCAAUGACAAAGCAAGGAAAGAUAUUGCUGGCGUUGUACCUUUCUUUGAAAACACCUUUGGCGAAAUAGGUAUUUAUUUGAUA